AUGGGAAAAGGUAAACCAAGAGGUCUCAACGCCGCGCGCAAGCUCCGCACCCACCGCCGUGACAAUCGCUGGGCCGAUCAGUCUUUCAAGAAGAGACUUUUAGGAACUGCCUUCAAGUCUUCUCCCUUCGGUGGAUCCUCUCACGCCAAGGGAAUCGUCCUCGAGAAGGUCGGUGUCGAGGCCAAGCAGCCUAACUCUGCCAUCCGAAAGUGUGUCAGGGUACAGCUUAUCAAGAACGGAAAGAAGGUCACCGCUUUCGGUAUGAAAUCCUCUGCUCCGAACAUGGGUGGCGAAUAUGUGGUUGGGGAGGUGGGGGUUUGGGCGGCCUGGGUAAAGGAUGAGGAACAACAAUGGAAAUGGGGUGCGGUAACUGUCCCCAACGAUGGUUGCUUAAACUUUGUUGAUGAGAACGACGAGGUCCUGCUCGCCGGUUUCGGACGUAAGGGAAAGGCCAAGGGUGAUAUUCCCGGUGUUCGUUUCAAGGUCGUCAAGGUUUCCGGUGUCGGUCUUUCCGCUCUAUGGAAGGAGAAGAAGGAGAAGCCCCGUUCUUAA